AGUAACUAAACGCCUCACACUAGGUGCCCCAGGCUGUAUCCUGCCUGCAGAACCUGUCAGGUGAAGGUGUAUUUUUGCUUUUUAAUUUGGCUAGAAGCAAUUUAUUUUUAAAGAAAGUAUGUCUUCUCUGAAGAUACAUGGUCCUAUCAGAAUUCGAAGUAUGCAGACUGGGAUUACAAAGUGGAAAGAAGGAUCUUUUGAAAUUGUGGAAAAAGAGAAUAAAGUCAGCCUAAUAGUUCACUACAAUACUGGAGGAAUUCCAAGGAUAUUUCAGCUAAGUCAUAACAUUAAAAAUGUGGUGCUUCGUCCCAGUGGAGCAAAACAAAGCCGCCUAAUGUUAACUCUACAAGACAACAGCUUCUUGUCUAUUGACAAAGUACCGAGUAAGGAUGCGGAGGAAAUGAGGUUGUUUCUAGAUGCAGUCCAUCAAAACAGACUUCAUGCAGCCAUGAAAUCUUCUCAGGGAUCUGGUAGUUUUGGAGCCAUUCUGGGCAGCAGGACCUCACACACAGAAACCAACAGGCAGCUUUCUUAUUCAGACAAUCAGACCUCUUCAAAAAGAGGAAGUUUGGAAACUAAAGAUGAUAUUCCAUUUCGAAAAGUUCUUGGUAAUCCAAGUAGAGGAUUGAUGAAGACUGUACCAGGAAGUGGAAUAGUUGUUACCCGGACGAUUCCUUCUCUGACGUCUACAUCAACACCUCUUAGGUCAGGGUUAUUAGAAAAUCGGACUGAAAAGAGAAAAAGAAUGUUAUCAUCUGGCUCAGAGCUGAAUGAAGAUUACCCUAAGGAAAAUGAUUCAUCAUCGAACAACAAGGCUAUGACAGAUCCCUCAAGAAAGUAUUUAACCAGCAGUAGAGAAAAGCAGCUGAGUCUGAAACAGUCAGAAGAGAAUCGGACAUCAGGGCUUUUACCUUUACAAUCAUCAUCCUUUUAUGGUAGCAGAGCUGGAUCCAAGGACUACUCUUCUGGUGGCACUAACCUAGAUAGGACUAGUGUUCCAAGCCAAAUUCCCUCUGCCAAAAGAAGUUUGGGAUUUCUUCCUCAGUCAGCUCCUCUUUCGGUUAAAAAACUGAGGUGUAACCAAGAUUACACUGGCUGGAACAAACCAAGAGUGCCCCUUUCCUCUCACCACCAACAACAACUGCAGGGCUUCUCCAAUUUGGGAAAUACCUGCUAUAUGAAUGCAAUUUUACAGUCUUUAUUUUCACUUCAGUCAUUUGCAAAUGACUUGCUUAAGCAGGGUAUCCCAUGGAAGAAAAUUCCACUCAAUGCACUUAUCAGACGCUUUGCACACUUGCUUGUCAAAAAAGAUAUCUGUAAUUCAGAGACCAAAAAAGAUUUACUCAAGAAGGUCAAAAAUGCCAUUUCAGCUACAGCAGAGAGAUUCUCUGGUUAUAUGCAGAAUGAUGCUCAUGAAUUUUUAAGUCAGUGCUUAGACCAGCUGAAAGAGGAUAUGGAAAAAUUAAAUAAAACUUGGAAGACUGAACCUGUUCCUGGAGAAGAAAAUUUGCCAGACAUUUCAGCUACUAAAGUAUACACUUGCCCUGUUAGUGCAAAUUUGGAAUUUGAGGUUCAGCACUCCAUUAUUUGUAAAGCAUGUGGAGAGAUUAUUCCCAAAAGAGAACAGUUUAAUGAUCUCUCCAUCGACCUGCCUCGUAGGAAAAAGCCACUCCCUCCUCGUUCAAUUCAAGAUUCUCUUGAUCUUUUCUUUAGGGCAGAAGAACUUGAAUAUUCUUGUGAGAAAUGUGGUGGGAAAUGUGCUCUUGUCAGGCACAAAUUUAACAGGCUUCCCAGGAUACUCAUUCUUCAUUUGAAACGAUAUAGCUUCAACGUGGCUCUCUCACUUAACAACAAGAUUGGGCAGCAAGUCAUCAUUCCAAGAUACCUGUCUCUGUCAUCUCAUUGCACUGAAAAUACAAAACCACCUUUUACCCUUGGUUGGAGUACACAUAUGGCAAUUUCUAGACCAUUGAAAGUCUCUCAAAUGGUGAAUUCCUGCAUCACCAGCCCUUCUACACCUUCAAAGAAAUUCAACUUUAAAUCCAAGAACUCCUUGGCUUUAUGCCUUGAUUCAGACAGUGAGGAUGAGCUAAAACGCUCAGUGGCCCUCAGUCAGAGACUUUGUGAAAUGUCAGGCAAUGAACAGCAGCAGGAAGACACAGAAAAAGAUUCAAAAUUAUGCAGAAUAGAGCCUGAUAAAUCCAAAUUGGAAAAUUCAGGAUUUGAUAGAAUGAGCGAAGAAGAGCUUCUAGCAGCUGUCUUAGAGAUAAGUAAGAGAGAAACUUCACCGUCUCCUAGUCAUGAAGAUGAUGAUAAACCAACCAGCAGCCCAGAUACUGGAUUUGCAGAAGAUGAUAUUCAAGAAAUGCCUGAAAAUCCAGACACUAUGGAAACUGAGAAGCCCAAAGCAGUUACAGAGCCAGAUCUUGCCAGUUUUACUGAGAUAACUAAAGACUGUGAUGAGAAUAAAGAAAACAAAACUCCAGAAGGAUCUCAGGGAGAGGUUGAUUGGCUCCAGCAGUAUGAUAUGGAGCGAGAAAGGGAAGAGCAAGAGCUUCAGCAGGCAUUGGCUCAGAGCCUUCAAGAGCAAGAGGCUUGGGAACAGAAAGAAGAUGAUGACCUCAAAAGAGCUACAGAGUUAAGUCUUCAAGAGUUUAACAACUCUUUUCUGGAUGCAUUGGGUUCUGAUGAGGACUCUGGAAAUGAGGAUGUUUUUGAUAUGGAGUACACAGAAGCCGAAGCUGAGGAACUGAAAAGAAACGCUGAGACAGGAAAUCUUCCUCAUUCCUAUCGGCUCAUCAGUGUUGUCAGUCACAUUGGUUCCACCUCUUCUUCAGGUCAUUACAUUAGUGAUGUGUACGACAUUAAGAAGCAGGCGUGGUUUACUUAUAAUGACCUGGAGGUAUCUAAAAUCCAAGAGGCUGCAGUGCAGAGUGAUCGGGAUCGGAGUGGUUACAUCUUCUUUUACAUGCACAAGGAGAUCUUUGAUGAGCUGCUGGAAACAGAAAAGAACUCUCAAACACUUAGCAUGGAAAUGGGGAAGACUACCUGUCAGGCCUCGUAAGGAACAAACUCCCGGGUUGGCAGUGUGCACUGCAUAUUCUUUUACUGUCACCCACCUCACCUUUCCUCUCCCUGAAGAGAAUUUGGAAUUCUUUUUGAUGCGGGAGCAACAAACAGCUCAGGGCCAAACCAAAAGAUGAAAAUUGCAGUUAUGUGGAACGCUCCAUGCUAACUUUUGUGGAAACCCUGGUCUCACAUCUGUAGCUGAUUAUCCUCUUUUUCUCCUACAAGAGUGGCACUUCCUUUUGUCUUAGGAAUACAUGUUGUAAAUAUAUAUAUAUGUACAUACACACUUAUAUAUAUGGAAUGAAUGGAGCCUUAAAGAGUUAGGAUGAGCCACCAGAGUAUACCUGCUCAAAAUUAAAUAGCACAGCAGUUUGGCAAAGAAAUGAAGGUGUCAGAGUUCACCUGAGAAAUGUGUAAAGAUAUACAUAUCAGUCAGCUUUUUUGCUUUUAUGUUCCUUUAGUAGUUUCACUCAAGUCUGUAACCUUUCAUGUGUGUUUGUUAGUAAAAUUCACUGGAAAGCCAGCUCUCCAUGUUACACUAAUGACGGUCUGUUCUCUUUUUAGGAGAGGGGUAUUUUUCUGUCACUGGAUUUGAAGAGUGCUUUUUUUUUUUUUUUUUUAAUUUCAUGAAUUUGUAAUGCCUUUGCUGUUGGUGCUUUGGAAUGUGUUAUGGUCCCACAUUUGUUAUCAUCAUACACAUACAUUUUCUCUAAAGAGAUACCUUCACAUUUUGUGUUCUUCAGAUGUCAUCAUAUUAUAGUGAUGAAGAUGGAAUCUUUUGUUUUGUUCUGUAUCAUCUUUCCAUGGAGCAGGCAUUGGCCUAACCAGUUAUAACCAAAACUUCAAAAGGUGGAAAGAUAAUAUUGCUCCAAUUGGGACUCCCCAGUAGGAAUACUUAAGGUUAAGGAAGAAAGCUAGCAUUUCUUUCUGUCAGACAUAGAAAGGUCAAGAGGAGUGUUCUUGUGUUAAAGCUCAAACUCUGGACCGCUAAAUUUAAAAAUCCUACUGCAAGUGUGAAAUUAAAUACUUGAGCUACUGAUAAAGCUUGAACAUUUAAUCAUUUGCUGUCUGGCUUUGCCCUUAAAACAGGGCGGAAAUUAAAAUGUGAUUGGUUUAGGUAGUCCCAAGAACUAACAAAUAAUGAAGGUGCAUAAUAUAUUUAUCUUACUUUUUAGGUGCUCUCAGUUGAGACUAAGUGGAGAUGCAAUAUCCAGUGCUACCUUAGUCAUUUAGCUGACAUAACCAGCUUGGUUAAGCAGCUUAUGAAACCAUAUAAAGAAUGAGUUUGAGGGUAGAAUUCUGUUCACAAAAUUUUUGUGAGCCCAGAUACAUUAGAAUCACACAAUUAAAUAUAGCAAAAUGAAACUUUCAUUAUUUUCUUUCAUGUUUUUUCUUUUAUUAUAAAGGAGUGGAUUACUCUUCAGUUCUGAGAUAGUGACAAAACCACAUCAGGAUUUCAGGGGGGGAAAACAUUUUAAAACCCAUCAUCACAGAAGAUGCCACAUCUCCUCUGGAAAAUUACCUUAAGAGAACUCCAGCCCACUCUUGGAACUUGGAUGUGUUCUGACAUAGUAACCUAUCCUCAAAUUUUGAAUCUUUGAAUUGUAAAUGGCCUCAGCACUUUUGUUUGACUUGUGAAAAAUGCUUUUUCUCCUACCAUCUACCUACACACAUUAUUGUAGUGGAUAUUCCAAAAGGGUACAGUGGUAGGACAUGCAGGAGUAGUUUAGAGCAGAAUAAAAUACUUGUUUUAAAAACUAGCUUUAAAAUUUUUGUUUUGUUUUACUUGGUGGUAACUGACUUUCUCAUAAAUGAGUGAAGUGGUGAUCAAAUUCUUUAGCUAGUCACUACUUUUCCCUGUUUCUGCACUGGCGAGCUUUGAGAGGUAGUGUUAAAAAUGAUUGGGAAUGAUUUGAAGUGAGGGCUGCGUUGAGACAUAGAGAAAAAUAGAAAUAAUGCCAUAAGCCUAUAUCGCAUCAUGAAAGAGCCUCGUUUGAAUUGCUUGUAUGGCUUGUAUGUAUGUUUUAGACGUACACUUGGCUCAGAAACCUGAUUUGAUUUGAUCUUCAUGUCUUGAGCAGGACUUGUUAGUUGAAAGUAGGUUACUGGAGUGUAUGAGUUAUCUCACUGCUCAUAUACUUGCGAGUUUGGGACUUGAAUUUUAUUUGUUAUCUGUCCAUUGUUGUGGCCUUGUCAGCCUUCGCAUUCUCCCUUCACUCAUUUAACUUAUUCCUUUGACUACAGAGAUUCAGCUGGACUGUGCUGAUGGGGUUUGUUGGGGGUUUUUUGAGUUGGCUGUAUAUAUUUAAAAA